UUUUCCAUCUAUAGCGAAAUACGGUAAAAAAAAAGAAGGAAACAACAGGUCUGAAUAAAGAAAGCUUAAGCAGCUGUUCUUCGUGGGCGAAAAUUCAAUCGGCGCCUUCUUCUCCAACCCUACAAUCUCUUCAAAUUUCACUCUUCUUCCAUUAAUAUCAGUUCUAAGAGAUCGAGAGCUGCGAUGUUAGGUGUUUUAAGGCGCAAAGCUAUUUCUAGCGCCUCUUUUACUUCGUGUGUAAGGAAAUCUCUGCAUACGGUUCGACCUGCAGUAUGUAAAUCUAGAAUUCCAUCUGCUGCAGCAGAAGAGAUAUCAUUGCUUACUAGACAAUGUGGUCAUGUGCGAAAUUUCAAUCAGCUUGUGCUGCCUGGGUGCUCAUCAAAUUUGCGCCCAGAAAGGGCUGUGACCAAUCUUUGCUCAAGUCCAAUACUAUCAAAUUGGAGCAGAACUUUCUGUGCAAAUAGUGGUGAUACCGUUGACGCUGUUGUUCCAUAUAUGGGUGAAUCCAUAAGUGAUGGGACACUGGCCAAGUUCCUGAAGAAUGUUGGUGACAGAGUAGAAAUUGAUGAGCCAAUUGCUCAGAUUGAAACGGAUAAGGUAACCAUUGAUGUUACCAGUCCGGAAGCUGGUGUAAUCCAAAAGUUUGUAGCCAAGGAAGGGGACACUGUCGAACCAGGCAAUAAAGUUGCUAUCAUUUCAAAAUCUGGUGAGGGUGUGGAACAUGUUGUUCCAUCUGAGAAGUCCUCUGAGAAAGUAGCUCCUCCAGCUGAGGAUAAGAAAGAGGAAAAGGCAAAACCUCAAGUUGAGACGACUCCCGUCAAGGAGAAGCGUAAGGGAAGUUCACCUCCACCCCCUAAACACUCGCCUACAGAGCUCCAACUUCCUCCCAAAGAACGGGAAAGACGAGUUCCCAUGACCAGGCUCAGAAAAAGAGUUGCCACACGUUUGAAAGAUUCUCAGAACACAUUUGCUUUGCUGACAACAUUCAAUGAAGUUGAUAUGACAAAUUUGAUGAAGCUCCGCUCUGAUUACAAAGAUGCCUUUGUUGAAAAGCAUGGAGUGAAGUUAGGAUUCAUGUCUGGAUUUGUGAAAGCAGCAGUUAGCGCACUCCAGAAUCAGCCAAUAGUUAAUGCAGUUAUCGAUGGUGAUGACAUCAUAUAUAGGGAUUAUAUAGACAUCAGUAUCGCUGUUGGUACACCAAAGGGUCUUGUUGUUCCAGUUAUCCGCAAUGCUGAGCAGAUGAAUUUUGCUGAGAUAGAAAAGACAAUUAACACGCUUGCUAAGAAGGCAAAUGAUGGGAGCAUAUCUAUUGAUGAAAUGGCUGGAGGGUCAUUCACAAUUUCAAAUGGUGGAGUGUAUGGAAGUCUUAUCAGUACCCCUAUCAUAAAUCCUCCCCAGUCUGCUAUCUUGGGAAUGCAUUCAAUAGUCAGUCGCCCAAUGGUCGUUGGAGGCAAUAUUGUUCCUAGACCAAUGAUGUACAUUGCUCUGACAUACGAUCAUAGGCUGAUCGAUGGAAGAGAGGCAGUGUUCUUCUUGAGAAGAAUUAAGGAUGUGGUGGAAGAUCCCCGUCGCUUGCUCCUUGAUGUUUGAAGAUUGGCAACAACAUCUGGCUUUUGAUUUUGAUCCGUCCGGGGGUAUACCUAAGUGUACAACUCAAUCAUAGAACCAGAAUAAAUGGCAAUAUCAGAGUUUUGUUGGCCUGAGGUGUUGCUUUGGUCCUCUGAUUAUUGCAGCCACAGCUGUAUUUGAGAUUUGCAGAUAGAACCAUAAAGAUUUUGCGUUCCUUCCCAUUCACCCUUUUUCACAACUAUAUUUACUUUGCAUGAUAUUUAUUUCUCGUUUCAAAUAUUAAA